AUGCAAGAUUUUCGCAAAAAACUUAAUGUGGCGGCUGCAUUACGUCAGCAGCAGCACCAGCAACAACAACAACAGCAGCAACACCAUAACCAAAACAUGGCGGUAUUUCCCCACCAUCACCAUCAUCCACAACCUGUAAGACCUCAUCACCUGAUCAACAACUGGAAUUUAUUAAAUCCAGCCGGUUUUGCCCAAAGACCAGGUCCUCACUUGCCACCACCCUUAAUGCAUAGUCCACAUGCCAUGGCCCAAAUGCCACGCAAUCCAGCAUUAUUUAGUGGUUCACUUCUGGCACCCAGAUUUCAAACACCGCCAUUGCACAACAAUUUACCGUCCCAACAAUUCAAUACAACAGCUUCAGCAACAACGUCACCAUUUGACUUUUACAACAGCAAAAUCUUAUUGAAUUAA